CCCAAUUCCUGCAAACCCUUUACCUCCAACUUUUUCAAGAGUCACAAGGGAACUAAAGGUUAGACCUACCAAAACUCUCAAUUACACCAUGCCUGUCUUCGCCACCUCGUCGCUGCGCCCUCUGCUGCGCGCCGCUCCUGCCGCAGCUCUCUCCGCGCGUUCCUUCAGCUCCUCUUCCUCGCGGUCAGUCGCGCGUAUGAUCAUCACCGGUCGUCUCGCAGCCGAUCCUGAGCUGCAAGCCACUGCUACCGGCCAGGAAAUCAUCAAAUAUGCAGUGGGCACAUCGCAUGGUCCUAAGGAUAACCGACAGACAAGCUGGUUUCGUGUUUCGAGCUUUGUGAACGACGGACCUCAACGGGACUAUCUUCUCGGCCUACAGAAGGGAACUUUGGUGUACAUCGAGGGAGACGCAACCAUGCGGCAGUGGGAAGACUCUGAAGGCAAAAAGCAGACCACUCUGAACAUUGUUCAACGCAACCUCGAGGUCCUCAAGCGCCCUUCCAACCCCGACUAUAGCUCUGAAACCCCCUAGGAGUAAACAUAUCCGACGCGAUCUAUAACAUAUGGUUUAAUAUAACGGGCGGUGGUCGUCUUGGUGUUGAAGGUCCCGUGUUGCGUACUUCUUCCUCUCUACUCUGUUCUACCUCGGGCUCGACUUUUGGCGGUGAAACUACUUUGGGUCUUGAUAGACUUGGUUCAUGUUAAUAUGGUUGAUGUGUAUGUUAUAUCCUAGCUUAGUGUGCAAGUAUACCCGCAGUCCUUUCUUCUAUCCUUUUUCGACCCGUCUACCAGAGCAGUGUCAUUAAUUCUUAUUGCCC